AUGGGGCUCAUUCACAAAUACAAGGUCAACAUAUCUGGGACGACCUCCGCAAACACCCGAUCACAUGCUAUUCGGCGGAGUAUUGCUCGCAAGAUCCGCCUUCUGGUCCUAAAGUAUCGCGACGCGUGGCGCGCCCUUUUGAUACUCAGCCCCGACGGGAAGUGGAAGACCUUUCUUCAUGAGCUUCACAAUGACGAUGUUCGUGGCCCUUACCCAGAGGAAAACGAGAGCGAAGGACGCCGCGAAGACUCCUGGAUUUGGCGCUCGCGAGGACACGUCGUCCGGCAGGCUCUCAUGCUCGACACUUCCUCUGGCGAUUGCGCGCUCAAUCCUGACGAAGAGCUUGAUGAAACGAUGCUAUAUAUGUGGGCAGGUGCUCGUGCUCGUGCGCUUCGAUGGAGUGAAGAAGUGCAGCUCCUGGCGGAAGAAAUGCGGCGUGUCGUUGCAUUCCUCCAUUGGCAGGCAGACACAUGGGAGUCCAAGAAGGGUGCCCGCUCUCGCACUGAUGCAGCCAUCCCAUGUACUCCAGACACAUCUCGUGGCGCAGACUGCUACGCUUUCCGCCAAGCCGAUCUUUGUCGUGCGCUCGCGGCCGCUUUCGUCCGCCGAUGGAAGCCGUUAUUGUUUAGGGCCGGCCUCGGACAGCCGUGGAUCUCUCGAUAUUCAACAACCCAAUCGAAGACCGCAAUUGUUCCCCAGGUUUCACCUGCGUCCCAAAGGACGGCAUCCUCAGAGGAUGCGGAGCUUACACCAAGUGCUGUUGCAGCGGGGAAGCAACGGGAUGUAAAUGUUGCGGAGAAAGAAGACGGACCGGAUGCCGCUGAGGGGCAGGGAGAGGAGGAGGUCCAGGAAGACCAGGAUGGCGAAGAGCACAUGGAGAACGGCGAGGAUGGAGAGGAAGGGGAAGGAGAUGUCGCUACCUUGGACGCUAUGGACUACAGCAUGUAUCUUACAACAGACUGA